AAGAAGAAGCGGAAGCCGGAAGUGCUGGUUGUCGGAGUAAAGAUGGCGUCGUGUGCUGCUGCUCGGACCGCCGGGGCCGCGCGCGCCGUGAAGCCGAUCCUCAGCCGCGAUGUGGACGAGGCCAAGCGGCGCGCGAGGGAGCUGUACCGGGCCUGGUACCGGGAGGCACCGAACACCGUGGCGACGUAUCAGCUGGACAUCACGGCACGUCAGGCACGAGACAAAGUGAGAGAGAUGUUCAAUAAGAACAAACACGUCCGGGACCCGCGCGUCAUCGACAUGCUCGUCAUCAAGGGUAAGAUGGACUUGGAGGAGACCAUUAACGUAUGGAAACAGAAGACUCACAUCAUGCGCUACUUCCACGAGUCGGAGGCGCCACGUCCCACUGACUUCCUGUCUAAGUUCUACAGCGGAAAUGACCCUUGACCUGUUUGUAACCCUUAACCUCAUUACCUUUUCUGAUUCUGAACUGUAAAUACACUGCGUUACGCUCA